AUGUUGAUGACGUUUCAACCUCGACUACUCAAUCGAACCUCGAUCAUUUCGGUCUAUGAAUGGGCUUCUAACAACUGGAUGAAAUUCAACGUCAAGAAAUGUAAAGAACUCCGGAUCUGUUUCCUUAGAGAUAUCCCCAACUACUAUAUUUAACAAUUGACGGACAUGUAUUAGAAUCUGUUCGUUACUUCGUUCCCACAAAGUCUAAGGACUGAUUAUCCAGAACUACUUAAAAUUGGGCGAACACAUCUCCUCAAUAAAAACUUUUAAAAGCAUCCGGUCCAAGUGAUUACACAUUCUUCGAGUGUUACACAGAAGUGGAAUUGACCUAAUCAGUACCUGCUGAUGACCUAAUUACAAUCUACAUUACCUUAAUUCGAUCAGUUCUAGAAUACUAGUGUUGUGAGGUUUGGCAUAAUUCCACCCCUAACUACUUGUCAAAUCACUGUGGUCGGAACGAAUUCAAAGAAGAGCAAUCCUUAUUAUCUUCCCUCGACGACCAUAUAUAGAAGGCCUCCACUUGGCUGGAUGUCCAAAGUUGAAUGAAAGUUAAGACGUGUGCCCAAAACAUAAGCAUCAGCCCACGACUACUUCAUUAGACGUUGGAACAAUUGGACAAAAAACUGAGCGCAGAACGGAGCGUUUUAUGAAUAGUUUUCCCCCGAAAACAAUCUCUAUUAGAUAAUGCAAGGAACGUUAAUUAACUGAUAUUCCUUUUAUAUCAGAUUUUAUUGUAAUACUUACUAUAGUCUUUCAUAUGUAGUCUUUAACUUUUACAAUAGUUUUAGAUUUAGGAUUGUAGUUUUCUUUAUCAUAUGUUAAUAAGUUCUCUUCCUAUCAGGGGCGAAAUGUAGAUAUGUACAUGUGCAUGCAAUGGAACGUUUCCGUCUAUAGAUUCACCCAUUUAGUGAGGAAUCAGAAAUCAAACUUCGUUACUCUUGGCAUAUAGAUCCAGCUAAGGGGCGGACCAUUAGAAAUCCCGGGAGGGGGGGUAUAAAAUUUUUGCGGCACGAAUUUUUUUUUCAGUCUCAUGUCUCUGCAGGAAUUUUUUUUAAUGCAUUUAACCUCUGCACGAAUUUUUUUUCAAGACUACUUGUACUUUGCUGUUUGCUUGCACGAAUUUUUUUUCUCUGACGUAAUGGCUGCACGAAUUUUUUUUCCAGGCAUUUUUCUUUGCACGAAUUUUUUUUUGGGAAUUUUCACCCCCCCUCCCGGGAUUUCUAAUGGUCCGCCCGUAACUUAAGGAAAACAGCGUUUGCAUCAUGCCAUCAAUCUGUAAUUGUGGAUUAAAUGGUUUACUGAAAGAUCACAAUGUACCUCCACCAUUGUAGACCCACAGCUUUGUUAUCAUAACAAAUACUUACCUAAUGGAAUUGCAUUCUGGCCACUCAGUAUCCUGAAGGUCCAAUGGCAAUGCAUAAAAGAAAUUAUUGAUCUAGACAAGUCUAGACAAACAUUUCACCACAGCUUCAAAGAGCAUCACAAAAUUAGUAAUAUUACGAAGUUUCGUUGCGAAAUGUUGUAAAAUGCGGACUAUAGCCUUGCGAAGUUUGCCGUUUUUCAGUCAUUUUGUAUUACGCAGGGGAAAUUGAUACCUUUUUUCAGAAAGCGGUAUCAAUUUCCCGUGCGUAAUACAAAAUGACUGAAAAACGGCAAACUUCGCAGGGCUAUAUUAUCCGCAUUUUACAACAUUUUGCAACGAAACUUCGGAAUAUUUCUAAUUUUGUGAUGGCUCUUUCAAGCUGUGGUGAAAUGUUUGUCAUAGACUUGUCUAGAUCAAAAUUUUGUUCAUUAGGGAAUAGGUCCAUUAAAUAACUUUUUUUGCGAAGAAUUCAAUACGUUUGCUGCAUUUCUGGUCAAAAACCGCCAGUGCGUAUAAUGCAUAUAAUAUCCCUAAAUGCAUAUAAUUUUAUAUCUGUGACGCUUAACAUCACAAUUUCCUUUCACACAUCUGUUCAAGUACGUACAAAAAUAUAGUCGUUUUUAUUAACACUUUCAUCCGCAUACAUGGACAUGGUGACACAGAACCAGGUAUAUUAGUUUAUACGUUUGGGGGGCGGGGGUUGCACUUUUUUCCACAAUUUAACACUAAUUUUCACAAUGAAGCCGGAAUAGGUUCCGAUGCCUAAAACGUUCUGCCCAUAUAGUGAUGCCAUUUGAGGUGGCUCGCUACAAUUUCCUAUUUGAUCAUAAUGUUAUGCAAAAGUGCGCAUGAUAAAUUAUUAUAAUAUUAUUAUUAUAUUUAAGAACUGAAAAACAAAGAAAAGCUUACUUGUAUAGCUAUAGCCUAUAAGUAUAAGAAAAGUAACUACAGGGUAUGAAACUUUUCAAACUUCUGUAUGAAAAACACUAUUGUUUUUUUUAAUAAUGAAAAAUUGAGAUUGACUUCAGUACACGAUGGCAUAAGAAUAUGAAGUAUCCAAAUAACAAAUUUCAUACUCUUAAGCCCCGUUUACACUACACUCAAUUUUUGGUACGGCACGGAUAAAAUUGGUACCCGUACCACUUUUUUGGUUCUUGAACUACCUAUUUAGGUAGUCCAAGAACCAAAAAGUGGUACGGUACCAAAAAUUGAGCGUAGUGUAAACGGGGCUUAGCUAAAUUGGUAUUCCAAGAACCAAAAAAGUGGUACGGGUACCAAUUUUAUCCGUGCCGUACCAAAAAUUGAGCGUAGUGUAAACGGGGCUUAAGUGACUUUCAAACAAGACAUAAAGAAUAAAAUUUGUAAUAAUGUUUAUAUAAUUUAUAUUUAUGAUUCUAAUACAUACCGUUAUAUUAUUCAUCAUACCCUCUUCAAGCUAUGAGCAGACGUGCAUGCAACCCUCGUAAUUCAACUAUUUUCCCCUCAGCAAAUAAUUGCAGUUUCGAGUUUGCCUGGGCAAUUUUUUUGCCGAGGCGCACAAUGAAAUCUCCUUUAAAGGAAUUUAAAAUUCCUUCGGCAAUUACUUCGGCACCCCCCGGCCGAUUCACGUCAGCAAUUGUAAUUAAAGUAAAGUACAUUACGGAAGUGAUUAUAAACGAAUAUUAUAACGAGCGUAGAUUCCGGUGCUUGAAAUAUUUUUGACAAUUUGUUGUUAUUUUACAAAUUGAACAAAUUCCUGAUUUAAAAUGUUUUAAAAACAUAGUGGUAAUUAAGCUAAUUGUUUGGGGGGGGGGCUGAAACUGACUUAAGUCAUGUCUUGAAGGGAACUGGAACCGCUGACGCUGCUGACGACUUUUUACUGCUAAAUGACUAAGUAUAUUGCCGUUGUUGCAGUUAAAAAGAUAUUAAAUUCACUGUUUAUGCCAACCAAUCAAAUAGCAGUGGUGUUUCUUAGCGCAAGAUUAAACACGAACAACGACGUUUUUAGCCGGGUUGUUGUGCUCUUUAUUUACUGAAUAUUAGUUCGAAAAUAGACAAGUCAAUUUUAUAAUAACCAACUUAUAAGACAAGCAUUUGAUUUUUUGGUGAAAUGAAUUAUUUUCAAUUGAUCUAGGGACCUCUUCCAAAGAAAAGAUCAUCUAGAGGCAAGUAAUUUUAAUUGCUGUGUUUAUGCAAUAGAAAACGUGUGAUGAAUGAAGGGCAAUUACGGAUAUUAAAUUCUCCUUCAUUGACAUAUCAAGAUAGCCAGUCUCUCAUGCACGCAUUUCCAAGCAGGUGGAAUUCAUAAAAAUGUGCGAAGUUUAUUUUCUGGAUUCUACAUUCAAGAAAUUGCUGUAGCUAUUAACUGUUUUAUUUUCUAUAGAUAUCUCCCGAAGUAAUGCAGCAAGAGAUUCAAUCCCAACAAUCACAUUCGGAUCAGGAUUUGAUUCAGAACCAACUACAUCAACAUCGGGUUCAUUCCAAGCAACUGCAAGCCAGACACCUACUUUAACCCGCCAAGCUGUACAACUAAGUGAAAAUAAUUCGCUGGGCAGCACAGUCGAAGUUAUCUUGAAAUCUGAUACCUCUCAAAGUACUCGCCCACCAUCCCACUCAACGCAAGCACCUAUAUUUGGUUCAGAACUUGGUGAUGAUAUUAAUGCAACCCCUGCACCACUUGAUGCAGUCCAGACUACUGAUGCAGCAUCAGAUGCGGUACAAAGCACUGAUGCUCCAACUGAUGCCAUUAAAACUAAAGCAACUAGUGCAUCAACAGAUGUAUCAACUGCUGCACCACCUGAUGCACCAACUGAUGGUCCUACUCACCUACAAACAAAUGUAGCAACUGAUGCAGCAAACGAUGGACCAACUGACGCACCAACUGAUGCCGUUCAAACCACUAAUGCACCAACUAAUGCAGUCCAAACGACCGAAGCACCAACUAAUGUUGUACAAAAUACUGAUAUGCCAACUGAUAUCGUACAAAGUACUAAUGUAACAACUGACGCAGUCCAAACGACUGAUGCAGUCCAAACUACUAAUGUACCAACUGAUGCAGUCCAAACUACACAUGUAACAACUGAUGCAGUUCAAACUACAGAUGUAUUAACUGAUGCCGUCCUGAGUACUGAUGUACCUACUGAUGUGCCAACUAAUGUUGUCCAAACUACAGAUGCACCAACUGAUGCUACCCAAACUACAAAUGUACCAACUGAUGCUGUCCAAGCUACUGAUGCACCAACUGAUGCAGUCCAAACUACUGAUGGACUAAUAACUGAUGCAGUCCAAACUACUGAUGCACCAACUGAUGCUGUCCAAGCUACUGAUGCACCAACUGAUGCAGUCCAAACUACUGAUGGACUAAUAACUGAUGCAGUCCAAACUACUGAUGCACCAACUGAUGCUGUCCAAGCUACUGAUGCACCAACUGAUGCAGUCCAAACUACUGAUGGACUAAUAACUGAUGCAGUCCAAACUACUGAUGCACCAACUGAUGCUGUCCAAGCUACUGAUGCACCAACUGAUGCAGUCCAAACUACUGAUGGACUAAUAACUGAUGCAGUCCAAACUACUGAUGCACCAACUGAUGCUGUCCAAGCUACUGAUGCACCAACUGAUGCAGUCCAAACUACUGAUGGACUAAUAACUGAUGCAGUCCAAACUACUGAUGCACCAACUGAUGCUGUCCAAGCUACUGAUGCACCAACUGAUGCAGUCCAAACUACUGAUGGACUAAUAACUGAUGCAGUCCAAACUACUGAUGCACCAACUGAUGCUGUCCAAGCUACUGAUGCACCAACUGAUGCAGUCCAAACUACUGAUGGACUAAUAACUGAUGCA